CCAAUGGCUAACGACAUAACACCCAUAACUGAUUUAACCAUGGAAAAUAGAAAAUGGACAGUCCAUGCGUUACUCGUAGAAAUGUCCGCUAUCAGAACAGCCAAGACCAGUGGAAAGCCCUACAGACGAUACGUCUUUGUUGACACACAGGGCACCAAACUCAUGACGUAUGUCUUUUCUGCGGACAUGGAAGCAUAUGAUCAUUGUUUAAAACUCUUUAAGACCUACGAGAUAUUAGCUAAACAAGGCAAAGACUACAAGACGGAUCUACCAAACUUCAACUCUGAAAUCCAGCUCUAUCUCAACAGACAAUGCAGCAUCGUUCCUGUCGAAACUAAUGCCAUAUCUUCUCUAACUGGAAAGCCAUCUUUCAAAAAGCUCUCAUGCAUUGGUGAUUGCCUAGCAACAAAUGAGUACAUCGAUGUGAUCGGUGUACUGAUAGAUGUUGCAGAACAAAAGCAAAGAAACAAACGUCAACAACCGACCUCUUCCAACAUUAUAGGAGAUCGUGUUCAAGAGAUUGUAAUCGUAACUGAGGAGUAAGCAUAGA